UGAUACAGAUCAUCCACCAGUGACCAGACUUAUUAUAAUCCAGGUAGCUCGCACAUGAUUUUACUACUUCUACUGCAAUAUCGAUGGGGGAAAUUAUGAAAAUGGAAGAAAAAAAAAGUGGGAAGAGUGUUCGUAGAGUAUGGUCCACAUUGAUGUAACACUUUGGUCUAUUUAAGCAAACUCUGCAUCUCAACAAUGGCUCUGCACAGCAAACUUGGGAGAUUCAUGGUUGCUUGAAUCUCUGAUAUUUCCACAGAAACUCUACCAUACGAUAAAGUCUCUCUUCCAUUUUUCUUUCUGAUAAAGAUGGCUGGGUUGGGAACACAGAACGGUGCUGUUUCAACUCAACCAGAAGAUGUAGUAGACAACAAAACUCUUGCAGAUUUUGAGCCUUCAAAGAAACCUAAAAGAAACAAGUUCGCUUUUGCUUGUGCCAUACUUGCUUCCUUAACUUCUAUCUUACUUGGUUAUGAUAUUGGAGUAAUGAGUGGAGCGAUUAUCUUCAUACAAGACGACCUCAAAAUCAGUGACGUUCAAGCUGAAAUCCUUGUCGGUAUCCUCAACGUGUACUGUCUCAUCGGUUCGUUUGCAGCUGGUCGAACCUCCGACUGGAUCGGCCGCCGUUACACCAUCGUGUUUGCCAGUGCCAUUUUCUUUGUGGGGGCUCUCCUCAUGGGCUUCGCCACAAACUACGCUUUCCUCAUGGUUGGUCGUUUCGUUGCUGGAAUCGGCGUCGGCUAUGCCCUCAUGAUUGCUCCUGUCUACACCGCUGAAGUCUCACCCGCUUCCUCUCGCGGUUUCCUCACCUCAUUCCCCGAGGUUUUCAUUAAUAGUGGUAUAUUAUUCGGAUACAUUUCGAACUAUGCAUUUUCGAAGUUGCCAACUUACUUAGGGUGGCGGCUAAUGCUAGGCAUCGGAGCAAUCCCAUCGGUUUUCAUGGCCAUCGGGGUUCUAGUGAUGCCCGAGUCGCCGCGUUGGCUGGUUAUGCAAGGCCGACUCGGUGAAGCCAAGAGAGUUCUCGACAAAACUUCAGAUACCAAAGAAGAAGCUCAACUUCGACUCAGUGAGAUCAAAGAAGCAGCUGAAAUCCCCCAAGAUUGCACCGACGACAUCGUUCAGGUCCAAAAGCAAACCCACGGCGAAGGCGUGUGGAAAGAAUUACUUUUAUACCCCACACCUGCUGUUAGGCACGUGUUGAUUUGCGGCAUUGGGAUUCAUUUCUUCCAGCAAGCGUCCGGUAUAGACGCUGUCGUUUUGUACAGUCCAAGGAUAUUUGAAAAAGCCGGGAUCACGUCAUCAAACGAUAAGUUACUAGCCACCAUGGCCGUCGGAUUUGUCAAGACAAUCUUCAUCUUGGUGGCCACGUUUUUACUAGAUAGAAUCGGACGGCGUCCGUUGCUCCUCAGCAGCGUAGGAGGCAUGGUUGCGUCAUUGGCCUUACUCGGACUUUCAUUGACGAUCAUCGAUCAUUCGGACGAGAAACUAACAUGGGCCAUAGCAAUAUGCAUCACUAUGGUUUUGGCUUACGUGGCAUUGUUCUCCAUAGGGAUGGGGCCCAUCACGUGGGUGUACAGCUCGGAGAUCUUCCCGUUGAGGCUACGCGCGCAGGGAACGAGUAUGGGGGUGGCGGUUAACAGGGUGACCAGCGGGGUAAUCUCGAUGACCUUUCUUUCCUUGUACAAGGCGAUUUCCAUUGGCGGGGCCUUUUUCUUGUUCUCCGGGAUUGCGACGGCGGCGUUUAUCUUUUUCUACACGUUAUUUCCGGAGACUCAAGGGAAAAAACUCGAGGAAAUGGAAGGGCUUUUUGGUAAAUUGGUGGGUUGGAGGGAAGAGGCUAAGAAGAUGAAGUCGAAAGAAGUUAACGGUAAUGGAACAUGUAACGGUCAGAUUCAGUUAGGAAAUACUACUGCUAACGGCCGCCAGAACUAGAUUAAAGAAGGGCAGUUUAGUAAAUACAUAUGGGGUUGGCAAGCCUAGCCAUGAACUGAAGAGGAAGAGUAGGAUUUUUUUUUUUUUUUUUCAAAAGAAAAAUGAAGGCUGAGGUUUAACCAUUUAGUGGAAAAUAAAAAGAAAAUUGUAAUAGGGUGAGAAAGAAAAGCUUAUAUGCAAUGCAAAAACAAAAACU